CGUGGAGCAGGACAGCUUAACCUCUCAGGUUCAACACGAUCACAAACUGUCGCGUAAAAGAGACUUUCUGCCACCACCGAGCUAUGGAGUGAGAGAAAGUUAUAGUUUUAACUCGUGAAAGUCUCAAAUUAACGUCGUUUGAUGGACGUGGUUGUCAACAUGCUGCUCGAAAGCGAGUUUUUGGAGGAAAGUCUGCCGUGCUGAUGGCCGUGACCGCCGUGCCCGCCGCCCCGACCCCCGGACCAGGAUGGAGCCGUCCCCCCCCCAGGUGCUGUUCACGCCGGCGGACUACGUGAUCUUCGCGCUGCUGCUGGCGGCGUCGGCCGGCAUCGGCCUGUACCACGCCGUGUCCGGCGGCCGCCAGCGCACCACGCAGGAGUUCCUGAUGGCCGACCGCAGCAUGCGCUGCCUGCCCGUGUCGCUGUCGCUCAUCGCGUCCUUCCAGUCGGCCGUGGCCAUCGUGGGCGUCCCGGCCGAGGUGUUCGCCCACGGAACCCAGUACUGGUUCAUCGGCUGCUCGUACGUGCUGGGCCUCGCCAUCCCGGCCCACGUCUUCAUCCCCGUGUUCUACCGGCUCAGACUCUCCAGCGCCUACCAGUAUCUUGAGCUGCGGUUCAGCAAAGCGGUGCGAGUCUGCGGGACUCUGACCUUCAUCUUUCAGAUGGUCGUCUACAUGGGCGUCUGCAUUUACACGCCCGCCUUCGCGCUGAACGCAGUGACGGGGCUGGAGUUGUGGGGAGUGGUGCUGGUCACCGGACUGGUGUGCACGCUCUACACCACCCUGGGCGGGUUGAAGGCCGUCAUCUGGACCGACGUGUUCCAGACGGUGGUGAUGUUCGCGGGGCAGCUGGCCGUCAUCGUGGUGGGCGUGCAGAAGACCGGGGGGGCGGCGGAGGUGUGGAGGAAGGUGUGGGAGGGGAACCUCGUAUCCGGGCUGGACCUGAACCCAGAUCCCACGGAGAGACACACCUUCUGGACUCUGGGUGUGGGCGGGGUUUUCCUCAUGCUGUCCCUGUACGGAGUGAACCAGGCCCAGGUCCAGAGAUACCUCAGCUCGCGCACGGAGAGAGACGCCGUCAGGUCGUGCUACAUGGUGUUCCCGUCGCUGCAGCUGGCGCUGGCUCUCAGCUGCAUCAUGGGUCUGGUCAUGUUCGCCCGCUACUGCGGAGAAGAUCCCUCCGACAAGCUGGGCAGCUCGUCCCGGGACGCGAUGGUGAUCUACUUCGUGAUGGACAUGCUGCAGGGUCUGCCCGGGCUGCCUGGACUCUUCGUUGCGUGUUUGUUCAGCGCGGCGCUCAGGUACAGCACCAUCUCCUCGGCCCUGAACUCUCUGGCCACCGUGACGAUGGAGGAUCUGAUCAAGCCCAGCUUCCCCUCCAUGGUGGAGACGCGAGCGACGCUGCUGUCCAAGGCUGUAGCGGUGUUCUAUGGGCUGCUGUGUCUGGCCAUGGCCUACCUCACCCACCUCAUGGGGGAGUCCGUCCUGCAGGUGGCACUGAAGAUCUUCGGGAUGGUCGGCGGUCCCAACCUGGGUCUGUUCUGCCUCGGGAUGUUCUUCCCCUGGGCCAACUCCACCGGUGCGGUGGCGGGUCUGGGUGCAGGCCUGGCGGUGGCGUUCUGGGUCGGCAUUGGGAGCCUGGUCACCCGCGGCGACGGCGGUGGCCCGAGGCCCCCGGCACCCGGCUGCGACGGCGCCCCGCGGCCGGGCAACGCCAGCGUUUCCGUGGCGACGGCCAUCACGACCCAGAGGACUCUGCUCCAGGGCCGAGCGGCCGGCCUGAGGAGCUUCUACUCGCUGUCCUACAUGUGGUACAGCGCGCUGGGCUGCAUCACGGUGGUGCUGGUGGGCCUGGCCGUCAGCCUCCUCACGGGCCCCACCAGGGAGGAGGACGUGGCCCCGGGGACGGUGCUGCCCCUGCUGGCCAGGAGGAAGCUCUGCUGCCCCGCGGCUGCUCCGGUAACUACGCUCCUUCAGACGGACGUCUCUGGGCCUCAGACGUCGCCGCCCCAACAGAAAGAGACCAACGGACUGGUCUCGCCCGCGGAAUCUGAGCGUUUUCUGGAGUUUGAGACGGCGGUGUGACGUCGGACCAUCGCCCCGAGGCGCGAGGAACUGGACCUUACAGGAAGCACUUGGACAAUCAGCUGGUUCCUUAAAAAGUGCUCAUAUGCAAAGAUGAUACGAGCCAAAGUGCGAGUAACUACUGCACCGGUUUAACCGGCGGAGAACAUAUCUGUAACACAGUUGAUCCUGACAAGGAUUAAAGAUU